UUGUAAUUACACAAGUAGUUCACUUACAUCAUGUUAUUUAAUAAUUAUACUGAUCAUCAAUUUCACAAUCUUAUUUUAAGUAUACACUUAUUCAAGCUAACAUUUUACUAGUCACUUCAACAUUAACAGUUUUGAUUUGAUUUUACAAACAGCCCUCAAUUCAUAAACUCUAAUUUUGAAUCUUGUUAGUAAAGACGCUAACCAGGAGUAAGUAAUGCUGUUCAAAAGAUCAUCUACUUUAUUACGAAUUAAGUUUGUGAAAGAAAAAAAUAAAAUCAAUUUUCAACUACAGAAUAGAAGGUGAAAAGUGGAACGAUAUACAUUAUGAGGAAUAUCUUCAUCAAAAUAUUUCAAUUAUUUACAAUUAUGGAAAUUUUCAUUUAUUUAAAUAUGUAUCAAACAGUUGUACACACUAAGCCGAUAGAAACAUAUGCAAAAGAUGAUGUGAACUUUUCAAAACCAUGUCCUGAAGAAAACUACAGAUAUCAUAACGCUACUGGAUAUUUUAUGUGCACUGUUGAAACAGCCAAAAAAUGCAUUGACUUAUGUCAACAAACAGGAUGCAAUGAUUUAUAUUUUAUGAGUGUGAUCCCUUCGAAAAAUGAUAAAAUCAAACGAAACUAUCGUUGUCGCUGUUUCCAGGAUUAUCACGUCUGCUUUUAUAAUCCAUUGCCAAGAUAUCAUAACAUUAAUUAGUUGAUAAUAAUAAUGAUAAUAAUAAUGGUGUUGGUAAUCGCUACCGUUAGUAUUAUUACUGUUAUAAAAAAAGUGUUUUCCUCCCUAAAUCGGUUUGUAUUAGUCGAUAAUUCUAGGAAACUGAGUGUAGUGUGUAUUUGUAAAAACUGCUUUCAGACUAAAUUUAGAUAUUUUACUGGGAUUCAACGUAUAUAAAGGAAACAAAGAUCUGUACAUUUGAAUGGUUGCAUCAUAUCAUGUUCUAUAUAUUUGACUGCGUGUGCAUUUUUUGUGUACCACUAUUGUUUGUUUUAAAAAAACAAUUUGUAUGUUUAACUAUCUUUUCUCCCCCCAUUUUAACUGAAAAACCCCACUGGGAGAUAAUUAUCUGUUUAUUAUAAUAAUAAUAUAUAUAUAACGGUGUAUAAAACCAAGUAAGCCACUUACAUAAUCGACACUCAGAUUAUUUUUUUCUAAAAAUAGAUUACACAACAUAGCAUAUGUAUGCUGCUAGUAAAGAAGAAUAAUAUGUAUGUACCCCCAAUGUUGUAAGAGUUUGAAAUUUAUAAAUGCAUAUUUUUAUUUGUAAAGAAUCAUUAUUUUGUUUGUUAAUGGCAGCGUCAUGUUGCACACUAUUUGCAAAUUAAGAAAAUGUUUCGGCCCUAAGUAUAAAACUUAAAUCAGGACAAAUGAUAAAAUAGUGCUAUAUGCGAUUUUAUUGUGAAGUUUCCCCUCAUUUCUCUCCCUUCCCCUUUCUCAUUGUAACUGUUCUUAAAGUGUUGAAAGCAUACCAUUCAACAUAGCUGGGCGAAUUGAAACGAUGAAUGGCAACCGUAUAAUCUAUUCAUGUAAUCGAUUGAGAUAAAAAUAAAAAUUCAUUCAACCGUUUUCUUCAUUUACUUUAUCCCCGUAUACUUAUUAUUUUUAUUAGUAUAUAACUGCUAUAGUUAUGACGGAUAUUGCUUUUUUUAAAAAAAUAUGUCUACAAUAUUAUUCAGAACCGUUUAUUUGAUGUGUAUAUCUAUAUCACAUUGUAUUAAGGUAAUAAAUAGCAUCUCA